CACAGCAAGUAUAGUGUGUUUAAAGAAAGGCAGCAGGUCAAUUCGAAGUUGUGUAUUCAAAUAGCAUAAGAAUUGACUAUCUAUCCACCGGUAAACCUCGCUCCUCUCUAAAACGAUAUAUUAUCUUUCAGUUAAUCAGUUUCACAAGUUCGUUACAAUGAUUAAUAAAGAAAUCGAAGGACAAAAACAAAAUAAUGCCUCUUACUCGACAAAGAAUGUUUAUAAAGAUCUACAGCAUAGUUUUGUUACUAGCAAAAAAGAAAAUCGCAAGAGUAAGCAUCAGCAAGCACGCAAUAAGAGACUGUUUCUGUAUGGUAAUUACGACCGGUAUUAUGGUUAUCGAAAUAUCCUAAAAGAACCCAAAGAAGACGUUCGAUUACUCGCAUUCAUCGCACAUAGACAAAUAAUAACUGAUAAAAGAAUGUUAGAUAUUGGCUGCAAUAAUGGAUCACUUACUAUCUUAAUUGCACAGAGUUGCAAACCAAUCAGUGUGGUUGGAAUCGACAUUGACAGAGAUUUGAUAGGGAGCGCGCGACGACAGUUGGCAAUAAGUUUAAAGUCUUGUAUUAGGGAAGGAAACGAUCCAACACCUUUGAAAUCAAUCGAAUUCCGGAAAUCCAACUAUGUCUAUCAAGAUGAAGAACUACUGGAUAGUGAGAAACCCCAGUUUGACGUUAUAUUUUGCCUGUCUGUAACCAAAUGGAUUCACUUAAAUUUUGGAGACGCUGGGAUCAAAUUAGUUUUUAAGCGAAUAUACCGACAGCUUCACGAAGGUGGACAUUUAAUUUUGGAAGCGCAGCCAUGGAGUAGUUACAAGCGAAAGAAAAAAUUAACUGAUAAUAUUUUUAGCAAUUUUCAAAACAUAUUGUUUCGGCCUAACGAAUUUAACUCCUAUCUCAUAGGUAAAGAUAUUGGAUUUCGAGAGCAUUUUGAGCUUGAAACCGCCAGCCAUUCUAUUGCGGGAUUUAGAAGGCCAAUCUAUAUUUUCAGGAAGUAAACUACUCUUUAAUAAUGUACGUACAUAAAAUAUAGGAAUAUA